CACAUUUGGAUGGGGAAUAUCACACGUGUGACAGAGUUUGUUCUCGUGGGAUUUCCAAGCCGCUAUGAAGUGGAGAUCAUCUUCUUUGUGCUGUUCCUGCUUGUUUAUUUAGUGACUGUUCUGGGAAAUGCUCUUAUCAUUGUACUGGUCUAUAUUGACUGCCACCUCCAUUCUCCCAUGUAUUACUUCCUCAGUAAUUUGUCCUUCAUUGAGAUCUCCAUGACUUCCUCUGUUGUGCCAAAAAUGCUGGCAAACUUGCUGUCAGAGAAGAAGACCAUCUCCUUUGGUGGCUGCUUUAGCCARYUCUACUUUUAYUUCUCCCUGGCUGCAACAGAGUUCAUCCUCUUUGCCAUCAUGUCCUAUGACCGCUAUGUGGCAAUAUGCAGCCCCCUGAGAUAUCCCAUCAUCAUGACGGACAGGGUGUGUGGCCAUCUUCUCCUGGGUGCCUGGGUGGGUGGCGUGGUCUUGAUCUUGCCCUUAGUGGUCCUGAAAGCCAAGCUGCCAUACUGUGGUCCCAACGUGCUUGACCACUACUUCUGUGACAGCGCACCUCUCCUGCACCUCGCUUGCACAGACAUCUGGGUUGCUGAGCUGAGGGAUUUUGUGGUGUCCGUGCUCCUGCUCCUUGGCUCCUUGGCACUGACUGUCUUCUCCUAUGCCUGGAUCAUUCUGACCAUAUUGCAAAUCCCAUCUGCCCAGGGCAGGCAGAAAACAUUUGCCACUUGUGCUUCUCAUUUCACUGUUAUUUCCCUGGGUUUUGGCAUCUCCAUCUUCAUCUAUGUCAGGCCUUCCCAGAUGAGCCCUGSACACCUCAACAAAAUCCUCUCUGUUCUYUCCAGCAUUGUGAYUCCUCUUUUAAAUCCCUUCAUAUUCAGCCUCAGGAAUCARCAAAUGAAAGAAGCCUGGAAAAAUGCUUUGCACAAUUGCCUGGBCAUGGCUGAGGAGGCCAGAAAGCCAUGAGAAUCCUCGUGGCUUGUAGGAAGUCCAUCCUUGACAAAUCUCAACAGGGUCUCUGCAUGCCUGGUGUCUUCUGUCAGAAUGUGGCUGGUUAUGGACAAUGUUGAGGAACAGCACAUGUCUCAAAGGUCAGC